AUGUCGGGUUACUACGCCGCCCAAGUGGGCGUGUUAACCUCGGGUAUCACCGUUCUUCUCCUCAUCGUUGGCUUUGGCCACAUCUACAACGACCUCAAUAACACAUGGGCCGAACUCGACCUUCAGAUGGACCAAUUCAAGGUUCAGGCUGAUGACCUCUGGUCCGAUAUGUUGAAGAUGGGAGCUGGAUCGCCAUCCAACCGUCGUCGCCGUCAGGCCUAUGGUGGAUACGGAGCUUCUGGAAACCAGCCCACCUGGCCCUCAGGACCCGGUGGCCCAUCCGGCCCAAGCGGACCUGGCCCACGCGGACCAGGUGGAGCUCAGCCCCCAUGUGGACCAGCCGGAGGCCCAGGAGCCCCACCAUGCCCCGGAGGCCCAGGAGGAGCCGGACCAGGAGGCAACCCCAACUGCCAAUGCCAAGCCGAGAACAAGUGCCCAGAAGGACCAGCUGGACCACCCGGAGAGGCCGGACCCAACGGAUUGCCCGGUAUUCCAGGUAAAGACGGUAUUCCCGGUCUUGAUGCCGAGGAUGUCAACGACCAACCACCACAGGGAUGCUUCAACUGCCCAGCUGGACCACCCGGAGCUCCCGGAGACGCUGGACGCCCAGGACCCCGUGGAAUGCGCGGACCUAAAGGAAACCCAGGAUUCCCAGGACGUGACGGAUACCCAGGAACCCCCGGAGACCAGGGACCACAAGGAGCCCCCGGAGAAGACGGAAAGGCCGGUCCAGCCGGAGAGAAGGGAACCGACGCCGAGCGCCCAAUUGGCCGCAAGGGACAACGUGGACCCCCAGGAGAACAAGGACCAGAGGGACCUCAAGGAGACAAAGGAAAGGAUGCCCCACCAGGAGAAGCCGGACCAAAGGGACAACCCGGACCACCCGGAUUCCAAGGACCCGCCGGUCAAGACGGAGAAGAGGGACCAGAAGGACCAGCUGGAGCCCCAGGAAAGGAUGCCGAAUACUGCCCAUGCCCACCCAGAGAUGGAGGAAAGGGACCCAGCGGUGGAGUCGGCGGAGGACAUGGAGCCGGAAGCAACGCCGGAUCCGGAGCCUACAGACGCAGACGCAUCUAA